CUCCGUACUUGAUAUUGGACGAAAUAGACUUGGAGAUGCUCAUCAGAGACGCCACGUCGAAGCCCGCGCACAUGCUGCACUUGCAGCUGGCGUUGCGGAGGCAUUUCUCGGCCAUUUUGGCAGAUACUUGCGCCGGUGGAUACUAUAGCUGAUAAGGUAGGUGCUGAGCUACGUUCAAGACUGCUCAGAGGCGCGUGGCGGCGCUAACACAACAGCGUCCCGGAUGCGGAAUCAAGUGCGCGUUCCUUCCGCCCUUCGCGAGUGAAAAUUUGUCUGAGCUUGAUAAGUUUGAAUUUUAAAACACGUAUGCGACAUGAAGAGCAAUACUGGGCUCAGGUGAGAGAAGGAGUGAUGGUCAUAAAAUGAAGGAAUUUGCUCCCGCCAAAAAGUUGCAGUAGCAUAAUGCGCACUGGCGACGCCAAGGCGUCCAGCCUCAUGCGCUGGUUGAGCUUCUACGCAGUUAAUCCGCAAGAAGAAUGCGUCAGCAUAGUACUGCGUCUAUUAAGGCUCGCGUAGGUGGACAAAAUCUUGAAAAUCUGAUCACAUUGAGCUAAAAAUGACUUGCUACUAAUGUCAUUUUUGCUGCUAUGGGUUUUAUCGCUGCGUGUUCGACGUAGAUUCCCUAAAACAGUUGCAGAGUUGAAGCUUUCGGAUGGAUGGAAUGCAGUGGUGAUAAUACUUGAGGGCUUUUACGAAACAAAUCUGGCCGUGGACGUGCAGAAAGUGGGGAGCGAGCUGAAUGACACGCUCACGGCACUACUAGAGCUCGUGUUGGGCGCUGUGGUGCAGUGUGAGGCCAAGGAGAGGUUUAUCAACGACAUUCUGGCCAUGGAGGACGCAGUGCAAGCGGAUCUAAUGGCUAUUAUUGAGAAAGUGAUGGCUCAAGGAGUGUCGAUCCCCAAUUUUGCAGCAGACGACGAAGAGAAGAGGCAGAAAGUGUCACUGGGUAUUGGAUCGCCAUUAUUAUAUUUGUCCCGAAAUGCUACUCUAGAUCGGGUCAAGAGGGAAAAUGGGGUGCUGAAGGAGGAAAAUGUACGUAGAAGAACUGGAUUGGAAGGUGAAUUUGAUGCUGAGCUAUAACUGUGUGCAGAUUCAUCUCGCUCAAGAACUGGAGAUGGCGACGAAGAAGUUUGGGGAUAUUGAGCGUGAAAGGGAGCAGCUGCUGGAGCUGAUGCAGGGUCUGAAGGAGCAGGUGGACGCUGACGCAUUGAGACGAGAACGAGCGAUCCAUGCUCAAUAUAACGAGCGGGUUAGCACUCUUCAGCUUGAGCUCGAUUCAACAAAGGCUGAACUCCAUAAGAAAGAAGCGCUGGCUAGCAAAGUCCCGGCACUUAGUGACGAGGUGGAUCUAUUGCGGCCUCUUGGCGAGAAGAUGAAGAAGGUGGAUUCUACAGUAGCGAAGUAUAAAGCGAAGAUUGACGAGUUAUCUGGAGCAAAAGACAUGUUGCGGCAAAUCGAAAGUACAAACGCGGAGCUGGUGGAGAGGAAUCUCGCGCUUGAAAGUUACGUGGCCAAAGCUGCAGCGUGGCAGCGAAAACUCAAGGAGGCGAAGGAGACGAUCACUGUCUUGGAAUUCAGAGUAGUAGAAUUGGAGACAGUUCUUGCUCGUGAACGAGAGGAAUUUAGGAUGGCGCGUGCUGAGCUUGAGACCAUUCAAGGAGCUUUACAAGAAUCUAAGGCUCUUAUCGCCGAGCUACAGGAAUGCCCAGGCCAACAAGCGACCGACACAGCUGGAAGUAUCCACUCCGUUACCACAAUUGCUACUGGCAUUAGCGAGUUGAAUCCAGAGCUCAUGCAGAAACUAACGCGAUUGAAAUACGAAAAUGCUGAGCUCAAGAAGCAAGUCGACAGUGAAACAGCGGCACGAAUUGAUAGUCUGGUGGACGAGAUGGGCGAUUUGUCUCGAUUGAAAAAGUCAUUCGAAAAGAAAUACUUCGACACGCAGCAGACGCUUCAGUCGACGCAGGCUGAGCUCAAGCAAACGAAGGAACACUGUGCUUCAAUAGUAGCAGAACUCCAAGCAAAAAUUCGAGAGUUCCGGGAACAGCAAUCGUGCCUUGAAGAGAAUGUUUCGGCGCAAAAUCUGGAAACGAAAACUGUUAUUGCAGCGCGAGACCGUCUAGCAGCAGAGCUUUCGGAUAGUACUCAACAGAACUACCAGUUGGAACAAGAAAUAUCAAGACUACACAGUGAAAUAUCCGAACUACAGGUUGUCAGUGAGGCAUUAACACGCCAGAACAAACUGCUAUCAGAACAGUGCGCGUCUCUUUCAAGAGCAAAGGAAGACACUGAAGCAAAUCUCGCUCGCCAGAUUGAGUGUACUAUGAUGCAGUUCGAGGACAUUAACGCGGAGCGGAUUCGAUUUCAAGAACAGAAAUCGCACGAGUUGGAGCAGCUAACGUCGAGAAUACACGAUGACAAGCUUAAGUAUGAUGCAGAACGAAAAAGACUGGAAACUACUCUCAUUUCGGCGACGAAGGACCUGGAGCGAUACCAAGAACAGCAUUCAGUCUCCAAUGCAGACUGGAGCACAAGGGAAGCUGAACUAAAUAAUCGAAUUGAAGAGCUGGAAAGACUUUGCAAUCAGAGCAAACAACAGGAACAAGCGCUAAAGUCGACAAUCAGGAGUCAGCUGGAGUCAAAUACUUGCUUAGUGGAGAAGAAUAAAGCCAUGAAAGCCGAUGCGGUUGAUAAACGAGAGAAGACCACACGACUCGAGACCACAAUUACCCGACUGGAAUCGAAAGUAGCUCUGCUUGAGAAGGAGCGGAGGCACUUUACUGCCGAAGAUGAGCGGAAACGGAGUGCGGUGGACGGGUUAUCGUCCUAUUCUUCUCAAUUGAGCACGCAAGUGAACGUACUGGCGACAGAAAUGGAGAAAGUUCUCAAGGAAAACAAGGACCUUCAUGCCAAGCAAGAAUGGUGUCGCUGUAAGAAUAAGGCAGCCUCUACUUCUACCUCAGCGCAGAACUACUAUUUAUCCCGUAUACAGCAGGUGGAGCAGGACAAGCGGCAGGUGGAACGCAAGCGACGUGAACUGCUCCUUGUGAAUGCCAAACUCAUCCAAGAGCAGAAGCAGCUCCACGUCAAAAACGUGAGUCUAACUGAUCGAAUUCACGAAUUGGAGGAGUCCGUCAACCACUGGCGGCUGUGUGACGAGAGGAGAAGGACACAGGAAGGGCAGCCAAGCUUGUCUGAUGCCAUGAGCUCGACGUCGGAUUCCAACGAACUACCCGAUAACAAAAACCAAAUGAAAUUCCGCCAGGUUGGCAGCAGGAAACGCAAACUCGAGACAGUCUACAAACCUACCGAAUCAUCAAGUGAGGAGGGGGAUUCAACAGCAGACAGCGGCUUCACCGAUGCAAAAGCGUUCUUCUCGAAGACUUCUGAACCAGCUCAGUCCAACCCAGAACCUCGCCAACGUCGGUUCUCGCACUUCAUCACACGCAAUCUGAUUCCUGACGAGAGUAACGAAGAGAAGGAGAAACGCGCCGAAUGCAAGCAACAAUAACAGCGGCAAUGAAAUGUAAAUAAAAACAGCAACAGCUCUGGUUACUGUAAGUUGAGUCAUGUAAAUUUCAAGCCAUCGCCAUCCUA